CGUGGGGCCACCGGGAUGGGGCUCAGCCCAGAGCACGAACAUCACGGGGGCCGCCCCGCUCGGGGCCGAUCCCCCCAGCUCCGGGCCCCGGGGCCCCCGGGAAGUUUCCAGCCUCCUAACUUCCCAAGCCCCAAAGCCCCCUGCUGGGCUGGGCGGGGGCUCCCGGGCGCUCCCUCCCGGGGGCUGGGGGGAGAUCGGAAAGGCGCCGGGGUCACGGGCCUUCGUUUCGCCGCCAGUUUCGUUUCUCGGCCCGAGCGCAGCCUUGGAUCUGGGCGGAGUCACGAUGACCUCACUCUCAGCUGUUUGCUGGAGCCUUCUCUGGCCUCCGCUGACUUCCUGCCGGGCCCAGUGCUUCUCGCUGCCGGCAGAUCAUCAGUCAGGACCCAGAAACAGGAAGCCCUCAGCUGCCCAGGGGUGCCGUGCGGAGCCCGGGAUCCUGCCCUGGAGAGGACAGAGAUGCAGCCAGAGCCCAAACCUGGAGACCUGAUUGAGAUUUUCCGAUGGGGCUACCGUCAUUGGGCUGUCUAUGUGGGGGAUGGCUAUGUCGUCCACCUAGCGCCUCCAAGUGAAUAUGCUGGGGCUGGUGCAUCCAGCAUCAUGUCGGCCCUGACGGACAAAGCCACGGUCAAAAAGGAGUUGCUCAGAGUAGUGGUCGGGAUGGACAGGUACCGGGUGAACAACAAACACGAUAACAGGUACCCACCACUGCCCCCCAGCAAGAUUGUCCAGAGGGCCUUGCAGGAGGUGGGGAAGGAUGUCCUCUACAGACUGACCAGUGAGAACUGUGAGCACUUUGUGAAUGAACUGAGAUAUGGAAUCUCUCGCAGUGACCAGGUCAGAGAUGCCCUCACUUUCACCGGAAUAGCCAGUUUAACUCUUGCCAGCCUCGGCCUCUUUAGCUACAUAGUGUCAAGAAACAAACGGCAAAACCAAUAAGCCAGCCGCCCCAAAUUAGGUGCUCCCCAAGUUAGGGCCGCUUAGCUACACAUUGUGCAAUGUGGUUUUCAGUGCCUUACCAGUUUUGAUAAAGUAAAAAUGGUUUUAUUAUUAUUAAAAAAAAAAAAAAAAGAUCCACUGGGAAAUGACCCAGGAAGAGUUUGCACCAAGCUCUCCUCUCCCUUCUGUUUUAGAGUGAAAACAGAAUUCUCCUCCUUAGAUUUUUCCUAGUUCCUCAGUCGCCAUACGUGGAAGAAAAGAUCAAUAUCUGGUCCAACACGUACCCCAUCCUCCUUAAUCACAGGAUUUGGAGCUGGACGGGCCCUUAAUGAUAGAUUGUGUUGUUAUGAUUUAUCCAAGAAUUCACAGCAGGAGAGCUGAUUUCAUUGAGGGUCUCUUGAUAGUAAAUCCAGUGCCUUUUCACAAUUCCCAGCUAUUCUCCUGAUAGUAAAUCCAGUGCCUUUUCACAAUUCCCAGCUAUUCUCCUGAUAGUAAAUCCAGUGCCUUUUCACAAUUCCCAGCUAUUCUCCUGAUAGUAAAUCCAGUGCCUUUUCACAAUUCCCAGCUAUUCUCCUGAUAGUAAAUCCAGUGCCUUUUCACAAUUCCCAGCUAUUCUCCUGAUAGUAAAUCCAGUGCCUUUUCACAAUUCCCAGCUACCUCUUGGUGUGCUAGGAGACAGCACAAUGACAUUAUUAUCUUUCUUGCUAUGAGAACCAGAAUCCUCUGCUUCCCACAGCAAUUUUUGGAACAAGCCAGCCCCCACAAAGAAACACAUCACAUCCAAAUGCUCGUCAUACCAAACAAUCUGUGAAAAGUACCAAAAAAUAGUGGUAAAUCUGGCUUGAUGGAAUUACUUUAGUGGGGAAAGGUAGGAAGAAAAUGUCAAUCGUUCUGUUUUUCAGCAGCCCAAAGGGGAGCUUGAGACAAGACCCUUCUCGAUAGUGUCUGAAAGUCUGUUCCAUUCACAACCAUUGGUCAUAGACAGUGUAACAGCUCCCCAUAGUCUCCCUAUGGCUAGUUACUGAGGGAAGAUGCCUCCUGAAGACCCUCGUGGCGGGGUGUGCCAGUCUCUCUGUCCACCGCCCAGUCCCCCUUCAAUUCUCCAGUGGCCUUUGGGCUCAGGACAGGGGAUUUCAGUGGGACCACACUCAGCCAGAAAAGCUGGAAAAGACUCUUUUUUCACUGCCAUGGAUUUUGAGGGGUUUCAGGGAAGGAUGCCAUUAUGUCCGAGAGCCAAUAUGGCUGAAAUCCAUCAGGAGAGAUUGACUGCUUUAAGUACAACACGUGGACUUUGGCAAUUGUCCUCUGUCUCCCUUCCCCAAAGUGUAAAGCUAUAGGUAAUAUUGGUUUUGGAAGUUCUCACCCUCUUUGUCUCAGAUUCUGCCCAGGUAGUCUGCCACCAGAGAGCUGAGAAAAUGGGGCACGGUGUAGGCAAGUGUGGGUGGUGCUCCCAGGCAGGGAGGAAGGGAGCGGGGAGUAGGGAUUGCUUCUGGGGAAGGCUGGAGCUGAGCAGAGGGCAGCUGGUAGAGAGAUGCUGAAGAACAGGUCUGGGGGAGAAAGGAGACAUCGCUUUAUAAAUGUGGUAUUAUUGGAGGGGUUUUUAGAAAUUGAUCACCCACCAUUUAUUAAAUCAUUAGGCCCCCAUGGUGCUAAAUGCUGGAGAUUUAUCCUGGGCCUGUAAGUCAAGCGUCUAAAGACAAAAGUGAAAAGGUCCCUGACCUCGCAGCUAUGAUCACUGAUUCUGCCAGUGGAGGAGGGAACUCUUCCAGCGCACAUUUUGGCUGGUUUGUGGCUCCUCUUCAGUGGUAGUUUGGGGGUCACUCCAGGCACCGAAUGGUGACAGAGAGGGGGACUGAUGUGCCCAUGAUCUAGCGAGCAAGUGUCUGGGGCAGAACUUGAACCCAAGACUCCCUAACUCCAUAACUAUCUUCUGCCCUUUGCUUUGGCCAUUAUUAUUUGAGGAAAAUGUACGCUGGUUUGGAGGACACAUCAGGCAGAAGUCUGUCCUUAAUGGAAGCACCCUCUCUGGGCAGUCCUGUGCUCCUGUUUCUUCCCUUACGGUUCUGGGAUUAACCCAUAAGAGGUGAGGAAGGUUUUCUAGGACUGUCGUUCAUGAGUUUACUACUGAUUUUCAGGCAGAAUUAAUUACCUUUAAAAAUGGUAUUUAAAGGGGGUAGAGUAAGAAAUUUGGUUUCAUUUCCCCCCUCCAGUCUCCCAAACCAGACCCCACUCCCUCCAUACACAGGGUACCUGGGGAGAGUGGGUUCAAGCAGUCUAUCAGUAAACAUUUAACAAGCGGCUCUUAUGUGCCAGGCACUGUGCUAAAUGCUGGGGAUCCAAAGAAAGGCAAAAGAUAUAAGUUUCUUCUCUUGAAGAGCUCGAAGUUUAAUGAGGAAGACAAACAUGAUGUGUACAGGAUUAACUGGAAAUAACCAACAUUGGGAAGGUCCCAGUGGGACCUUGAAGCCAGAGAAGCAGAGACGAGAAGGGGGAGCAUUCUGGGUCGAGAUUCAGACUUAGAGAUUGAGGGGAUGAGGGAGGGAACAUAUGGUCCAACCCAGCUUGUGGUUCCUGGGAGUCCUGCUCCCCAGUCCUAGAGUACUCCUGACCACCCCAGGUCAGCAACUGGAGAGGGAGUAUAUGGACCCAGGCUACAGCUGAUUCUUCUCUCUGUCCCAGAAGUGGUGGGCAUUCUCUGUGGAAUAUCUUUCCAUAUCCUUCCACAGGUGCUUCCCCUGCUGUUGGCCAGUACUUUGGGUUACCUAGGCAGCAGGAAGGAGGGAGGGAAGAAGAGGAAGAGAAAGUCUCCCCAUGCUGGAAAUAUCACAAACACUUUUAAACUGAAGUUACCCACUGCAGGACAGCUACAGAGAAACCAAGUAAACAUUAAAAGAUACUAAGUGGAAGAAACUUUAAAGCAUUUUUUCAACACAAAUAAUGCUUUGUACCACUAAAUGAAUAAAUUCCCUUCUCUAGACAGCUCAGCCAUCUGAGGGAACAGUGACCAGGAGAGAUCAAAUAACAAUAAGGAACAAUAAGGAGCAGAGAGAAAGAAAAAAUUAGGGGGGAAGGAGCUGCAAAAAGAAAUGGUUUUCUUUUUAAGUGUCUAAUUGAGGGUUUUGAAAAAUUGAGAAUGUUAUGAUUUUUUUCUUUUGGUGCAACAUGAAAAAUGUUUAAAAGGAUUGCAUAUAUUUAACCUAUAUCAUUGUUUGCUGUCUUAGAGAUGGGGGGAGUAAGGGGCAGAGGGAGAAAAAUUUAGAAUAUAGAAUUUUGCAUUAGUAUAUGUUGAAAACUAUAUAUACAUGUAUUUGGAAAAAAUAAAAUACCAUUGAAAAAAAGAAAAA